CAAUCGUGCAAGAUGACAGGCACAAACCGAGAAAUAGUCUAAAUUGUUUAAUUUUUCGCCGCCGUUUUCCGCUCUUUGCUAACAUACACUACCUUUUUUUUUUUUUUUUUGCCGUCAAUGAACCUGGGAGCGAAAUCGAAAUUACUUCCUGGAAUCCAUAGCCACAGAAGUGAAGCACCAACGUGUCUGUUUUUCCGGUUAAUGGUCUUUGCGCCCUAAGUUGAAGGGCAUAAUUAUAGCGUUACCGGGAAGAUAUUUGGCAGCAGGGGCUUCUUGUGUCGUUUCUUCCUGGCUCUGGAUUGUUGGGUGGAAUAAUGUCUGUAUCCGGUCAGCCACAGUUUCGGUAUGCACAGCCACCUUCUAAGGUACUUCAUUUGAGAAACUUGCCAUGGGAAUGCACAGAGGAGGAAUUGAUCGAACUGGGGAAGUCAUUUGGUGAAGUAGUUAACACAAAGUGCAAUGUCGGACCAAAUAGGAAUCAGGCUUUUAUUGAAUUCGCGGAUUUGAAUCAAGCAAUCACAAUGGUUUCAUACUAUGCCACUUCCUCAGAGCCAGCUCAGGUACGAGGAAAAACUGUCUACCUACAAUAUUCCAACAGACAAGAAAUAGUAAAUAACAGAACUGCCGGGGAUGUUGCUGGGAAUGUAUUGUUGGUUACUAUUGAGGGUGUUGAGGCGCAUGAUGUCAGCAUUGAUGUUCUACACCUGCAGGUCCAUGUCAUGGCAACAUCUUCGGUGGCAGCUUACUGCAUCGGGAGAAAGAGCGCAUGUGUAGCUAAAAAUUUGAUGAUGAAGGUUUUUUCAGCGUUUGGAUUUGUACAUAAGAUUGCUACCUUUGAAAAGACAGCUGGAUUCCAGGCACUAGUUCAAUUUUCCAAUUCUGAAACGGCCUCUGCGGCAAAAAAUGCCCUGGAUGGGAGAAGCAUACCCAGUUACUUGCUUCCUGACCAUGUAGGGCCAUGUACCCUCCGGAUAAAUUUUUCUGCACAUACGGAUUUGAAUGUGAAAUUUCAGAGUCACCGCAGUAGGGACUACACUAAUCCGUACCUCCCAGUUGCUCCAUCUGCCAUAGAUAGCAGUGGUCAGUUUAUUGUGGGCCUCAAUGGGAAAAAGCAAGAACCUGAGAGUAAUGUUCUUCUUGCAACUAUUGAAAAGAUGCAGUGUGCGGUGAACGUCGAUAUUUUAUACAUGGUGUUUUCUGCAUGUGGACCUGUCCAAAAGAUUGCCAUGUUUGAGAAGAAUGCAGGAUGUCAGGCAUUGAUUCAGUACCCAGAUGUUCAGACAGCCAUAGCUGCCAAGGAAGCCUUGGAGGGGCAUUCCAUCUAUGAUGGGGGGUUUUGCAAGCUUCACCUCUCAUAUUCCCACCAUACUGAUCUCAAUGUGAAGGUCAACAACGACCGAAGCAGAGAUUACACGAUUCCUGGUACUGCAAUUUACAGCACCCCACCCUCAGUUCUGGGGCAACAGCCAGUUCAAAUGGUGUUUCCUGCUGCAACUCAAUACAAUGGGAAUCAAUUUGCUCCAGCAGCUGAUGGAAUCAUGGGUGCUCGGCCUUUGGCAGGAUGGGCACCAGCUAUUGCAUCCAUACCCCAGCCUGUGCCCAACCAUCUGUCUAAUAAUACUUACAUGCUACCGGCAGUCUUGCCUCCAGAGAUGGGCCUGGGUGCAACGCAAUUUCAGAGUGGCCAACCAUCUGUAACAGUUUUACAUUAUGGCCAGUAACUUGCACCUUUUUUUUUAUUAGGGGG